AUGCUCUCCACAUCUGACAGUGGGUCUGAUUCCAACUAUUCUUCCAUAAAUCGUUAUACUUUUGACACAUGUCAAAAUACUCGAGAUAGAUAUAACUUUCCUUCAAACAAAGAUAAUUCGAAAUUUGGUGCAGAUUCAAAUGGAAUUUCAGCUGAAUCGUCAGAGUGUCAUUCAGUUUCUGCUGAUGAUUCAGAUUGCCAAGAUUUAAAUUCUGAAAACGAAACCGAAUCUGAAUGUGAAUCUGAAACUGAAUCGGAAUCUGAACAAGAUCAGAUACCUCAGUCAACAGAUCAUUUGACUACUUCAUUUGAUAUUCCAGAGUUUGACCGUGAUAUUUUAGAAGGAGAAAGUUACUCUCAAAAUCUGUUUGGAGACCCAGACCAACAGUUUGAUAAUGACAAUUCACCCGUUUCAAGCUUCGGAGUUGGUUCUCAGAACAGAGAUGAUUGUGAAAUCGUUAAUAUAGUCAUGAGUAAUCCCCCUAGGGACUUAAUAGAUUUGAGUAAUGUGGAAGAAGUAAACACUUCAAGUGAAGUGGAACCGUCUCAUUCCACACCUAUUCUGGUAGAUGACUCAAAUAACGUGGAGGCUUCAAGCUCAUUUAAUUCUAACGUUCCAGAGGUAGUGGAUGAUGUAUCUGUUGAUCCAAACAGUUCACCAAAUUCUAGAAAAAGGAAACGAGAAAGUGACGAUUGUAUAAUGGGACCAAUUCGCUGGGUUAACAAAAGUCAGGCCCAGUUCCCUCUUGAUUACAUGUCAAACAGACACAUUUCAAACGCCUAUAAAUUUUUUGAUACUGACAGUUCUUGGGAUUCAAAGAUAAUUGAGGACUUGGAAUUCUUGUUUAAAUGUCCCAUUUGUUAUUCUACCAUUACAAGAUUCAGGUCAGGUAAGGCUCCGAAUGAAAACGACAAGGUUAUUUAUUCCACCAAAUGCGGCCACCUUUUCUGCUUUGAAUGUAUUGAAAGUGUAAAAUCACGUCGAGAAUGUUCAAUUUGUCGUAAAGCUCUAAGAGAUCGCAACCAAUGCCACGUCGUGUUUCCCUAA